AUGUUAACGGUGACGUUGCCUGGUUCGCUGCAUCCUGCGAAUAAAGACGCAUUGUCGUGGAAUGAAAAAGGCUUGCUAGUAUAUGGAGCUCAUUGUACACUUGUGAUAAUUGAUGUAGUUCGUAAUAAGAUUAUCCAGACUCUCGAGCGACAUACUUCAGCUAUUACAUGUAUUUGCUGCUCAUCAGAGGAAGAAAUAGGUUUUUCGGCAGAAGUACGAUUGCGAUGUGCAUCUGCUGAUGUAGGGGGUAUAGUAGUUGUAUGGGAUAUUGUAGAAGGUGUCGAGCUGUCAUCUUUUUCUGUUCCAAAUAGCGCAGUUUUGAGUCUUGCUUGGUUUCCUUGGGAAGAUACAAGUCGUGAUUUUCUUUUGGUAUUACAUUCACCGAAUAAUUUAAUUUUAUGGAAUAUAGUGACUGGGGAUCAAAUUUGGAAUAUCACAUAUUCACAAACCUUUAGCAGUUUUUCCAUUGAUCCAUUCGAUUCACGCAGAAUUACUUUUAGUCUUGUCGAUAUUGGCUCCCUAAUGUUCAUAGACAACGUUUUGCUUCAUAAAGCUCCAUCAGGAAGGGGUACUUCGCUAUUGGUAUUCAAUAGUGUGUCAACUGCAAUGCCGAUUAUGCAAAUUGAAUAUCAUAAUGCUUUUCCAAAUAUUCUUUUUGCAGCAACUCAAAAUGAGAUUGCCUGUGUUGAACUGGAGUGUUAUUGCAUUAUUUGGCGAUACUCAUGUCAUGCACCGCUACUACGCCUGAUGACUUGUAGUGAACGUGAUGUUUUAGUAACCGUACAUGUUAAUGGUAUCAUUGAAUGGAGAUCUUGCACAAUAGUCGAGGAUGAGAAGGGCAAAACGACAUUGAAUUAUGAGUUGCUGUAUUCGGGUGAAACGCAACGACAAACACAUCACUGUCGGAUAUCUGCUGCAGCAUUGUGUCCUGUCACACAAAUCACCGUUGCUUUACUAUAUAAUUCAGGGAAUAUUUCGAUUUACCAGUUGAGUCUAAAAGAAGACGAUAUGGUACUGCCCUAUCGGGCAUGCUACAUCACGAAUAUAAUUAGCGUUGAUGAAGAUUUGUGCUGCUCAGUAAAUGGUCACUUGAAGAUGUCAAACAUAGCACAGAUAUUUUCAUUGGGUCAAGGAGUAACAACGGUACGCAUGCAGCCAGGGCAAGUGGAAGAAAAUAGUAAAAUAAUGCAAUUAACUGCUCUGGGAAAUAAUCAGGGAAUUGUACGAUUGGUGGACAUUUCAACAGGAAUAAUUUACCGAGAGCUGCAUGUUCAUACAUGCCCUAUUAAAUGCAUAGAUUGGUGUGGACCACAUAAACUUAUUUCGGCCGCAUAUGUUCACUCUUUGAGCACUUCGUCACUUGUCAAAAAUGGUAUUUUUAUUACGGAUGUUCGAACAGGUGAAGGUAGGAGAUUACGACCAGAGGUGGAGGAAACGCCUGUGGAAAUGUUGCGGGUAUCGUUCUACCAUUGCUAUGUUGCGAUUGGCUUCCGUAGUGAACCGUUGGAGAUUUGGCAUUUGAAGUCAAUGCGUUUGUUACGAAGAAUGUCCCGAUCGUGCCCUAUUAUUGUUGAUAUGGCUUGGUCCGGAAAGCAUCAUGCGGCGAAACAAAUUUCACAUGGAGAUGAGCCUGUCUUUCGAGAGAACCUUGUUAUUUUAGAUGAGGAAUGCCAUCUGUACCAUGUAGUGGUGAAAGGCUUACAUGUAAGAGAUGGAAAAGAAGUGAAUUCACAGUGGAAAAGUGGUGCGGUAGUGAAAUGUUUGGUAUGGAAAGAUGAUUUAUUGGCAAUGGGUGAUGCUUGGGGACGUUUAGGUGUGUGGGAUUUAGGCCGGCGACAGUGUCGUCAAACACGUGGCACUACCAAAAGACCAAUUCUGAAACUCGUUUUCUCACGAAUUCCCGGUGAUCAUACUCUUGCAGUGCUUCACCAGCAUGCUGUUGUUUUAUGGGAUUCCGAACAGCUUGUUGUACUUCAGCAAUGCAAUAGUAUUAGUACUUCGGUUUCAUUCCUGGAUAUCGAUUUGCACGGCAUAUGUCCGUUAGUAGUUUGUUCGGAUAAUUCGUUCCGCUGUAUAUCGUUUGCUUCUUCAAAAGUUCGUCAUCAUUCAGAUCUUCCUCUACUACUUGAAGUUGAUUCUUCGCAGCUAUUAACGACAGUUUCAAGUGAUGAUUCGAAGAUUAUACUUUUGCAUGGACUUUUAAGACUAAAUAACAGAAUUCCAUAUGAUUGUAAUAGUCUUCACCGAUAUCCUGUAGUACAUCGAUUUUUCGGCGAACGAUGGUUGUAUGAUCUGUGGUCGGUGGUGAUAGCAACAUUUCAGGAUACAUCGCUUUCAUCGCGACUGCAAAUAUUUUGGAGCCCAUCACAUUUAAAACGAAGAGCUGAACAACUCCUUGCGUGUCUGAUGAACUUGCCCGAUUUGAAUUCUGCCCAAGUUGAUACUUUGGUUCAUCUUGCAGUUUUACUUCAAAAGCGUGAUUGGGCGAUGCAGUUGUUACUUGGUUCACAUGAGGAAUGUCGUACUAGCGCUUUGCGAGCUUGUCUUCUUGCUUCGAAUGUUUCUUCGGAAGGAGCUCAAAGUAUUAUAAAACUUGUUGCAACUAAUCUUAUUGCAAACGAAUGCAUGACAGAUGGUGUACAAAUGUUAUUUUUGAUUGGGCAUGGUAAUGAUGCUUGUCGUUAUCUACAGGCUCAUGGCUUCUGGAGCAAAAGCUUUCAUUUCGCUAAACUUGGUCUCGAUGAUUGGAAAGAUGUUGGAAGCAAAUGGGUCGAACAUUUAGCAACAUCGAAAUCACAAAAGAAAUUGUGCUCUUUGCUGGCUGCGAAUAUCGGAGAUUGGAACCGAUUAACGACACUCUUAACACAGAAUUCGAAGAUGGCAGUCGCAUGGCACUUGCUGAAAACAGUAGAGGCCCGAUCUGUUUUUGCUGCAUAUCAUCUGCCCGUAGAAUCAGUGGAUGAAAUUCGUGAGGUUAUACCGUCAACCUCCGAUCUGUGA